AUGGUGAGUAACAGUGAAGGAAAAUCGGGGAAAGUGUAUAGUUACGAUGAAGCUGUAGAUUUGACGGGACACGGCAGGUACAAUUACCUGCUGCUCGCAGCAACUAGCGUGUUGUUGGUUGGCGUAUCGCUGGACGUUUUUGGCUUCAGCGUCGUCGUGGCCGCUGGCGCCUGUGAUCUGGAUCUUGCGUUGACGCAGGUUGGCGUGCUUGCGUCUGUGCCCUUCGCAGGCGUCUUCUGCGCCUUUCCAUGGGGUUUCUACGCGGACACACGUGGGCGUCUACGAGCUCUCUUGCUUUCCGGAUCUGUGGGAUUCCUCAUGGCGGCUCUCAGCAGUUUGUCCCCGAACUGGCAGGUCCUCUUGGUAUUAAAAUUGUUCGGCUGCUUCUUCUCAACGGCUUCUAUGACCUUGACGAUGACAUACCUAGGCGAGUGCACUAUCAGCUCUGUGAGGAAUCGUUACUUCUUGUAUAUAUCUGCCUUCAACUUCAGCAGUGAGUGUAUUUUCUACCUGUUAGCGUACUUCAUUCUACCUCUGAGCUUCAGGAUAGAAAUACCUUUCCUCUCGAUUACCUAUCGUUCGUGGCGAUUGUACACCUUUAUUCUCGCAAUACCUCUUGGACUGGGGGCCUUAAUGCUGCUGCUGUUACACGAGAGCCCAAAGUUCCUGGCCAGUCGAGGAGAUACUGAACAGGCCCUUAAAGUACUGCGGGCCAUGUAUAAAGCUAAUGGAGGAAACGAAGUAGACUAUCCGGUGAAAUUGUUAGCCAACGACAAUGUGGAAGCCACUUCAGAAAUAUCAUUGUGGAAGUCCUUAGUGAAGCAGACUGUGCCUUUGUUCAAGCCUCCACUACUUUGGAGGACGCUCCAGCUGUUCUAUCUCAUGGCUCUUAGUUGCAGCAACAACAAUCUCUUUCUAAUGUGGUAUCCUGUGAUUGUGAACCAAUUCUUCAAGUCCUUCGAAACUCCAGGGCUUGAAGACAGGAGCUUUUGCGAUAGAGUUGUAGCUAAUCUUACCAAUCCAACAGACUCUGUGGAUUACGUCUGCGAUGAUACAAUUUCAACAAACACCACCUUCGCUGGCAUAUUUCUCGGUAUCAUAUUUGGUGUCUUGGGCCUGGCUAUAGCCCCCCUAGCACGUUGGCGACGACUCCUCCUCAUCGGGAUUUAUGCUUCCGCUGCCAUCUGCCUAUGUUUGACCAAUGUCCUGAGACAGCCUGUCUUGAAUAUAAUUGUGUUCACUUUUAUUCAGGACACUGCACUUUGUAUUGGACUUGUCUCUUCUUAUUUUGUGGAUUUGUAUCCUACAACUCAUCGGUAA